UGUGCAGUCAUCCCAGCAGCAGCAGCAUCAUCAGUGUGUAUCUGUGAGAGUGUGUGUAGCAGCUUAAAAGGGGGGAAUCUGGACACCCUCUCUGAAUAGAAGAGGACCCUCUGCAGGCAGGCCGUGCUUUAUUUUUCCGCCCAUCUCAAUGUGUUUUUUACCAAAUGGAAGCAGAGGUGUUGAACCCCCAGAUGAUGGCAGACGUCAAUGGCAACAAUAAAAUCACCAGCGCGGAGCUCGAGGUGCUCAAGCUGCAGGAACUGGUGCGAAAAUUGGAGAAGCAAAACGAACAAUUGCGGACUCGAGCGAACGCUGUAAACAAUUGCUCCAUCGGCCCUCAUCUUCAGACCUCGUUGUCGUGUCUGCACGGGGGUACGGCGUGCUCGAGCGACAGCUUCUCCGCUAAAUAUGACGUUUCCAGUGUCCCCGCACCUCGAGGCUCAGCGGAGGAACCUUUCGCCUAUUUUCAGCCGAGCUCGGCGUCUCCUGACGCCGCUGUGGAGGACAGCGGCGCCGCUGGAGACACAACUGUUUUGGAUGAGGUUGAGAUUUUGGACCUCAACGCCGUGCUCCCCGUCUUAGAGCCUGAUAGCUGGCUGUAUGUGAGUCCCAAAGCUAAGCUGCAGGGCCACAGUUUCCUCAGCCCUCUCCAGUGGUGCAGGCAGGUACUGGACCACCCGGGGCCUGAGGUGGAGCUCGCUAAAAUGACCCUCUGUCACAGACUGGACCAAGCAAAGCGGUGGCGAGGAGUGUCCUCCGUUCGUCCGUACAGCUGCAUAGAGGGGCUCUCCACCCUCAGCUGCCCCAUCCUGCCUUACACUAAACCUGCUGCACUAACCGAGUCCUCAGCUCCGUUGCCGUCAUCUGGCCAGUCCUAUCUCCAGCCGAGUCUCCCUCUCAGGGCCAGCUGCAGCCUCGCUGACAGAACACCCACCUUCCUGUCAAACUCCACUCUCCACAACGCGGGCCGUCGGCAUGCGGCGAUUACCCCUCAGUCUUCCCUGGACAGCGAGGUGGGUGUGUCAGAGCUGGAAGAUGACUCGAUCUCCAUGAGCUACAAACUGCAGGACAUGACAGAUGUGGAGGUCAUGGCACGACUUCAGGAGGAGAGCCUCCGACAAGACUACGCCUCUACCUCAGCCACAGCCACAGCUACGGCCAGCCGUCGCAGCUCCAGCUUCUCCUUGCACACCCUCAGGCGCAGUCAGAUGGAUCUCGAGGAGGAGGACGAGGAGGAUGAGGGUUACGACCAGCUCCCACCUCCCCAACCUCGACUGUUCCGCACAGGCUCUAUGCAGCGGGGCAGCCUGCCCCACUCUCACACCUUCUCCAGUUUCAGAGACUGCAGACGCAGCUCGACCACCCAUCAGUUUUCACUCAGUGGACACUCCCAGUACUCUGGACCCUCUAGCCUGAUCACAGAGACACAAACAGCAUACACGAAUAGCACAGACAAGCUGCGAAGAAGCAUGCCCAACCUGAUCCGAGCUCCCAGCAUGCCUAGUGUCCCCAGCAUUCCAUGCCUGGCUUCCCCUGUCAACCCACCCUCCCACGGUCCCUCCUCUUUGCCAACGAUGCCCUCCCUCCGGAACAGCCAGAGCUUUGACUCAUCGAGUGGGCUUGCACGACUCCAGUCCUCCAUUCCUUCCCCAGGCCAGCUCAGUCAGCGAGUCCAGAGUGUCGGGAGUUUCCCUACAACGGCGCGACACACUCUAAAAGCCACAGCCUACGUAAGCCCCACAGUCCAGCAGGGACCCACCUCCACCUCUCUGUCCACCUCUGCCAGUCUGAACUCCAUCUCCAGCAGUGCCGCGCUGCCUCAACCCCUCAAACCCAGCAGCAGCAUUAGUUUGCUGCCACAGGCCCUCAAACCCACCAGCGCCAACCAGUCAGCUGUCCCCCGCAGUUCCCUCCCUCGGCCAGCCUCCUUCAUAGGAACAAGUGGCGUUCCACGUCCCAGUAAAAUCACCCAACCCACGCGCAGUUUGCUUACUCCUCCAAAGAGCCUGGCUGCUCUGAGUGCCCUGAGGGACGGCAGCUGGAAAGAUGGCUGCUACUGAACCCAAAUAAGCUGAAAUUUGAGAGGUGCACAGGGUAUCGCUGUGUAGGAGUGAGAGUGACAGUUAUCAUGAAUAUAAGCACUACUCCUUGCUGAAGGACAAAGUGAGGACUGAUGAGCGUACAGGUCCAGCAGGCUGGAUCUUAACCUUGACUUGACACACCAUGAAACAACCAGGCAAUACUCUGAUAAUCAGCUGUUAAAUGUGAAACGGAUCCUCUCUGAUAUGUGUUUCUUGGUUUGUCGUUGUUAAUUCUUGCAUUGAGCAGAAUAAACGUCUCUCUCCAACCGAAAGCUUAGAAAAAUAUAUCCCAUGCUUUUGUACAUGCUUUUAAUGAUUUCAUAUGAUUAGUUUUGGAAGUAUUAUUUUUUUCAGACUGUGGUGUCAGAUAUGAAGUUGAACCUGAAGUUGGAAUUUUGUUACUUCCUGUGCCUGUAAAAAAAAAAAAAAAAAAAGUAAAAAAGAAGAAGAAGUAAUGUAAUUUAUGUUAGUUAUAGUUAUUGGCUGGACCUUGCAGCACUUUGGAUCAGAAUUCUGAUUAACACAUUGAAUUUUUUUUAAGUAUUAGAUCCAUCAAUGACCUUGUACACACUUUAUCUUUUGUUUAGUUUCUUUUUAUUUAAUGUUUACAUUCAAUUCCGAAAUGUUCUUUGAUAAGCGUAACUGCUGCAGUGAUAUUGCACAAGGAGCCCUCAUGCUUUUAAUGGAUGGCAAGAAAUUAAAGAGGAAGUGAAUUUUUAAAGUGAA